CUCCUUUGUCCUCUAUCAUCAUCUAUAUAGUAACAUGUGCGGUAUUUUCGGUUAUCUCAACUUCCUCGUCGAAAGAGACAGACGCUUUGUCCUCGACACUCUGAUCAAAGGUCUCUCCCGCUUAGAAUACAGAGGAUACGACUCAGCCGGUUUGGCUGUGGAUGGUGACACCGAGGAUCAAACCUUCAUCUUCAAGCAGGUCGGCAAAGUCGCUGCUUUGAAGAAGUUGGUCGACACCCAAGAAAUUGACUUUGAAAAGUCAUACAUUAGCCACUGCGGCAUGGCACACACACGUUGGGCUACCCAUGGUCAACCUUCACAACUCAACAGCCAUCCUCAUCGUUCGGAUAACCACAAUGAAUUCACCCUUGUCCACAAUGGUAUCAUUACCAACUACAAGGAAAUCAAGACGUUGCUUGAGAAGAAGGGCUUCUCCUUUGAAACCGAAACUGAUACCGAGUGUGUUGCCAAACUUACAAAGUACUUGUAUGAUUCUCAGAAGAACUCAGAUAUCACUUUCACCGAUUUGGUCAAGAUGGUCGUAAAGGAGUUGGAGGGUAGCUUUGCUUUCAUUUUCAAGAGCACCCACUUCCCCAAUGAAAUCGUAGCCACUCGCCGUGGUUCGCCUCUCUUGAUCGGUGUCAAGACUGCCAAGAAGUUGAAGGUCGACUUUGUCGAUGUCGAGUUCGGCAAUGCACCUGAUGCUAUUAACAUUCCCGACAAGGAUCCUACUGGCUUCAUGGACCCUACGGAAGGUGGCCGUCCCCAGAUGAACCGCAGCCUUUCUCGUGCUUUCAUGAGCGAAGAUGGUAUGCCUCAACCCAUUGAAUUUUUCCUUGCUUCGGAUGCUUCUGCCAUUGUCGAACACACCAAGCGUGUUCUCUACUUGGAAGAUGACGAUAUUGCCCACAUUGCCGAUGGUGAACUCCACAUUCAUCGUCUUCGACGCGAUGAUGGCAACUCCCCUGCCACCCGUUCCAUCCAGACCUUGGAAAUUGAAUUGGCCGAAAUCAUGAAGGGCUCUUUUGAUCAUUUCAUGCAAAAGGAAAUCUACGAACAGCCCGAAUCCGUUGUCAACACCAUGCGUGGUCGUGUCAACUUCGAAACCCACAAAGUGACCUUGGGUGGAUUGCGUGGUUACCUUUCCAUCAUCCGCCGUGCCCGACGUAUCGUUUUCAUUGCCUGUGGUACCUCAUUCCACAGUUGUUUGGCUACUCGUGCCAUUUUCGAGGAGUUGACCGAAAUUCCCAGCCAGGUUGAUCUCGCUUCUGAUUUCUUGGACCGCCGUACUCCUAUUUUCCGUGAUGAUGUCUGUGUGUUUGUUUCUCAGUCAGGUGAAACGGCCGAUACCAUUAUGGCGAUGCGCUAUUGUUUGGAACGCGGUGCUGUGUGUGUCGGCAUUACCAACACCGUCGGCAGUUCCAUUUCCCGUGAAACCCACUGUGGCGUCCACAUCAACGCUGGUCCUGAAAUCGGUGUUGCUAGCACCAAAGCUUACACAUCGCAAUACAUUGCCUUGGUGAUGAUGGCUAUUCAGCUUUCCGAGGAUCGUUUGUCCACCACCAAGCGCCGUGAGGAAAUCAUUGACGGCCUGUACCGUCUUCCUGGUCACGUCAAGGAAGUGCUUGCCCAAGAUGCUAACCUCCAAAAAUUGGCCGAGGAGACUUUGUCCAAGGAAAAGAGUUUGCUUUUGAUGGGUCGUGGUUAUCAGAAUGCCACUUGCUUGGAAGGUGCUCUCAAGAUCAAGGAAAUCUCUUACAUGCACAGUGAAGGUAUCUUGGCCGGUGAACUGAAGCACGGUCCUUUGGCCUUGAUUGACGAAAACAUGCCUGUCAUUUUGAUCAUGACCAAGGAUUCCCUGUAUCCUAAAGUGCAAAGUGCCUUGCAACAGGUGACAGCCCGCAAGGGUCAACCUAUCAUUAUCUGUAACACCGGUGACGAUAACUUGAUCAGGGAUUACAAGACCAUUCAAGUGCCUCAGACUGCUGACUGUCUUCAGGGAUUGAUCAACAUCAUUCCUCUCCAGUUGUUGUCUUACUAUUUGGCCGUGUUGGGUAACAUUGAUGUUGACUUCCCAAGAAACCUUGCCAAGUCGGUCACCGUCGAGUAAAAGAAAAAAAAAACAAAAAAGCCGCGCCCCCCUUUGUAAUUCCCAUCCUACCCUUUUUGCUUCUAUUUUGGUGAAGGAGUUCAUUUUUUUUUCUUGCCUUCUUUUUUGUUUCCAUUUUUUUUCUCAUGUCACAUUUCCUUUAUGGUGGUCUUGUGGUGGAUGAUUCCUUUUUUUUAUACACUUUUUACAGUUCGCUUUUGCGGUUUUUUUCUGGUUCCUGAUUCAUCUUCUUAUUGAUCCCCGACAAAUAUCAUCGUUUCCUUCAAUGUCACCCGAUAUCAUUUUGCACCGUACAUGCAUUUUCUUUUAUCCAAAGGAAAAGUAUAUAAAAAAAGAAAGAACAAGAAAAUAAAAAUAGCCCUUCUUCCUUUUUACAUUGCGG